AUGGCGAGAACACGACGCAAGACGACCACGCGGCUGGCAGCCGUCUUCAUCGGUGCAGUCGCUCUGCUUUCUGCUCUCGGUCCUGCAUCGGCUCAGACCGCUCGAAUCGCGUGCAGCACCUCCUCCCUCUGCCCCGAGUCAGCUCCCUGCUGUUCGUCCGAAGGCGUCUGCGGCUCGGGCGCGAUGCAGUGUGCAGGCGGCUGCAAUCCCAUGUCGAGCUUCAAGCCCUCCUCCUGUCUCCCCAACCCCGUCUGUCGCUCUCGCCAGUUGACCAUCGCACCAUCCGACUACAACAGCACGUCGAUGUUCACCCCAAUCCUCACCUACAACGGCAAUGCAUCAACGCCCUUCACCCUAGACGCCGGCACUCUUGGUCCUGGACCCGAAGGCGUCCUCCUGCAACUCCGCGCUGCACAACAAGCCAAGAUCUCCACCACGGACUACCUCAUGUACGGCUACGUCGAGGCGACGCUCCGUCACAACGCGCGCCAAGGUCUCAUCGCAGCCUUCAUCACAAUGUCGGAUAUCAAGGACGAGAUCGAUAUCGAGUUUGGCAAGAACAGCUCGGUGUUGAUGUCAAAUUACUUUCAUAUGGGUCAAGGAACGAUUGCGCACGCAGCGGAUUUGAGUCCCGCAGGGCUCAAUGUGAGUGACUGGCAUACGUAUGGGCUGAAUUGGACGAGCACAGCGCUGCAGUGGAGCGUCGAUGGCCGGAUAGUUAGGACGUUGACGAGGAACCAGGCGGGAGACAGCUAUCCAAGAUCUCCGGCGAGGAUUCAGUUCAGCACCUGGGCAGGUGGCAAUGCGACCAAUCCAGAAGGCACAAUCGAAUGGGCUGGAGGUCUGAUCGACUGGGACACACCCGAGUACAAGGAGGAUGGUUACUACUGGCAGGAGAUCAAGCAGUUCAAUGUGCAGUGCGCGCCUCUGAGCGGGCUCAAUUUGACGAGCGUAGCAGGCGCGAGCGGGGGGAACGUCACCUCGUUCGUGUACACCGGGAACAAUUCGACAACGACCGGCGAGCCCGAGUUCGGUACGAGCAGCGAAGCGUUGCGGACGCUGGCGGAUCCAGCUGCGGAUGGGUAUCCCGGCUAUCCAGGUUGGGACGCUGCCAACAGCAAGACCGACAAGGACGGCAAAGACGGUAAAAGCAACAGCGACGGCGAUGGCAACGACAAGAACGACAAAGACUUGUCCGUAUCCACCUCGCAAGUCGUCAAGUACGCGCUUCCUAUCUCGGGAGCCAUCAUCGGUCUGGGCCUGCUCUGGGCCCUCAUUGCGUUCAUCCGAAAGCGCUCGCUGCGACCACCGAUGAUCAACGCAAUUGGCGUCACCGGUGUCCACGACUCGCGCUUCACGGGUCCCUCCAGCCGCUUCAGCAAACCCAUCAACGCAGCAUACCAGGACUUGGAACACGAGGCAGCUCCGAUCUAUCGCACGGAACCCAACAUGAACCUCAUGGUCGGGGGCGGGUUCAUGUCGGAUGCUGGACUGUCGCAUCUGCAACGCCAGUCGACGGCGGGUUCCAAGGUGUCCCGCAGCUCGACUCGCAGUCUGGCCGAUCGACUGCUGAGAAAAGGGAGCAAGGCGAAGAGCUAUCAGCAGGUGCAGGGGACCGUCGAUCAAGACAAGCUGCUCGUACAAGGAUCGAGGUUCUCCGCAGGACCAGAUGCGUAUCAUUUCGAUCACGCGUAUCAGUCGGCGCAACAAGUGGACGACGAGUACGAGGACGAACAGAGGUAUGGUGCGCCACGAGACUACUACGAGAAGGAAGAGGACUCGUUCGAGGCGUGUCAGCUUCAGUCACCCCAGAGACGCGCGCUGCCGAUUACGCCGUACACGCCCAACUACGCGCCCUCGCCCGCUGCGCCUCAGCUCUACUACACUGGCGCAUAUACGCCUCAGCCGGCACCGAGGUACUAUUGA